AUGGCUUUCUACCAGAUAAAUCUGGCCGUUUUCGCGGCGGGCAACGGAUACUUGCUCUACCAGCAGUACAAGCGCCAGGGACAAGAAGUCAUCGAGGAGCUGAAGCAGGAGGCGGCCGACUCGCAGGAGGGUUCUGAUGGAGAAGAUGUAGAGCAUCAGCAAUUGCUCUCCUCCCCUGGCGAAUCUCGAAAUGCCAUUCGUCAAUUCCAGCUGGACUUCUUCCCGGUCUACGCUCUGGCGAUGGCGGCGGAUUGGCUCCAGGGUCCCCAUAUCUAUGCCAUCUACAGAUACGAGAAGAACAUCCCCGAGAAGGUUGUGGCUGCUCUGUACGCUGCAGGCUUCGUGUCCGGUGCCAUUUCUGCGUCCUUUGCUGGCGAGCUAGCAGAUCGAUAUGGCCGCCGCCUUGCCUGCCUCACGUACUGCGCUACCUACAUCCUCACCUGCCUGACGAUGCUUACCGACAACCUAUACAUCCUGUUCCUCGGCCGAUUCGCUGGUGGCGUUUCGACGACACUGCUGUACAGCGUGUUCGAGGCUUGGCUGAUCACGGAGUAUAACCAGCGUGGUCUUUCGCGGACGAACCUCAAGCUGGGCUCCAUCUUCGGCAACAUGACCACCAUCAGCUCCAUCGUUGCAAUCCUGUCCGGUGUCAUUGGUGACAUCUUGGUCAAUUCGCUGGGCGGCCGCGUCUGGCCUUUCAUGGCAAGCGUGGUCUGCUCCGGGGCUGCCAUGUGGUUGAUCUUCAAGGGAUGGGGCGAGAACUUCGGAGCGAAGCAGAACGGUCAGGCAACGAGCUCACUAGCCGAUGUCAAGAGCGGUAUCCAGAUGAUCUUGGCCGAUAUGCGAAUCCUGUCAUUGGGCCUGACAUCGACCUUCUUCGAGGGCGCCAUGUACCUCUUUGUGUUCUUCUGGUCUGCUGCGCUGAAAAGCGCACGAACCAAGGCUGGCUCAGACGAGGAACUGCCGUUUGGACUCAUCUUUUCCAGCUUCAUGUGCGCGAUGAUGGCCGGAUCUUCUUUCUUCUCGCUUUACACCAAGACGCACUCCAAGGAGACGACAUCGUUUAUUCUGAUGCUAGUUGUGCUCGUGGUGAGUUGUUGCCUGUCUGGAGCAGUCGUACUGGACAAUGAGAAGCUCUUGUUUUGGGCAUUGUGCAUGGUUGAGGCCAGCAUUGGAGCCUACUUCCCAAGCAUGUCGUUCCUGAAGAGUCAGGUUGUUGAGGACGGUGUUCGUGGUCGCGUGUACAGUCUGCUGAGGCUACCCCUCAACGUAUUUGUUGUCGUUGCGCAUAGUUUGGAUGAAGAAGGUAAGUUGCUGGGACACGUCCAAGUAUCAAGGUCGCUGCUAAUGAAGAACCAGGUGACGGACACCGAAACACCGUCUUUAUGA